AUGGGGUGCUCAGGUCAUUGUCGUCGCCAUUUAACAGCCAUGCACACACAUCAUAAAGAGCUGCUGCUGCUGUUCUUGCUGCAACUUACACAUGGAGUGUGUGGAGUGUGGAGCGAAAAGAAUAAAAAUGGAAAAAAAGAUCCAGAAUCCAGUUCUGACUUUCAAACUGGCCAAUGGUUCUUACAUUCUGGAAUGUUUUCGAGUUCCUCUUGCCUUUCAGAAGAAAAUUUCAAGUUGAGUCAUCGUCAUCAUCAUUGGAACCUGAUGUUUUUGUGUUUAUCGAUCGUUGAAAUGGGCUUCGAAAUGGUUUUAAAAUUUUUAAAUUUCAAUUGGAAUGUUUUAUGUCCUAAAAUUGCAUUUAAUUCCAUUCUUCAUCCUUGA